AUGCCAGAUGCAGAUGUCGUCUGUCGACAGCUGAACUGUGGCUCUGUGAUUUCAGCCUACAAUUCUUCCCAGUAUGGGGAAGGCGCUGGACCUGUGCUGAUCGAUAAUGUUCAGUGUGCGGGAAACGAGACACAUAUUUGGAACUGCCCACAUUCCACAGUGGCUCCAUCCACCGGGAGCAGCCAUGACGUGGGAGUUCUUUGCUCAGAUCACACACAGAUGAGGCUGAACCAAUCAACUGGGAAUACAAUUGAUGUUGAACUGCAGUAUACAAAUGUUCAGAUCAGACUGAUGGACGGUGGGAGUUCGUGCGCUGGGAGAGUGGAGAUUUACUACAAUGGUACCUGGGGAACGGUGUGCGACGACUCCUGGGGAUCACUUGAGGCGGAUGUUGUGUGUAAGCAGCUGGGAUGUGGAUCUGGAGUUAACGCAACAGCUGCUCCCUCUUGCGGACGAGCCUCAGGGCCAGUUUGGUUGGAUGAGGUGAGAUGUUCAGGAAAGGAAUUGGCACUCUGGGAGUGCGCCUCGUCUCCAUGGGGGCAGCACGACUGUGAUCACAAAGAAGAUGUGAGGAUUGUGUGUACAGAGCACAAGGAGCUUCGGCUGGUGAAUGGGCAACAUUCCUGUGAGGGGAGGGUGGAAGUGUUUUACAAUGGGACUUGGGGCACAGUCUGCUCGGACUCCAUGGGAAUCAAAGCUGCUCAGGUGAUCUGCAAACAGUAUUGUGGCCGAGCUCUGGAUACUACUGAUUCGGAUCAAUUUGACAAAGGAUCUGGACCUAUUUGGCUGGAUGACAUAGACUGCAAUUCACAGGAACCCUUCCUGUGGCUGUGUUCCUCACCACCUUGGGGUGAACACAACUGUGAGCAUUCGGAGGAUGUGGGCGUCGUUUGUUCAGAGAAAGCUACACAAAAAAAAACAGAUCAUGCCAAACAGUGCGCUGGGAGUUCACCUGAUCAGCGGCACCACCUAUCAGGGCAGGAGUUGCGGUUGGUUGGAGGAAGCAGUAAUUGCUCCGGAAGAGUUGAGAUACUGAGCAAUAACAAGUGGGGGACGGUUUGCGACGAUGCCUGGGAUGUACGAGAGGCCAGUGUGGUUUGCAGACAGCUGGACUGUGGGCCCCCAGUGAAGGCUGUGGGUCAGGCUGGGUUUGGAUCAGGCGCUGCUCAGCUGAUUGGGACGGUCAACAUUCCAGUUGCAGCCUGCAUCGUGCUCGGACUCCUGUUAGCAAUGGUACUGUUUGCGCUGAUGGUACAGACGGACACCAAUUCUUCGGGAAGAGGUGAGCCUGGUUACCUGGUCUCAGGAUCGCCUUCAGGAGCUUGCUGA